UGCCUGGCCACUACUGCGGCCGACCACUUCUUCUUUGGCCCUACUUUGCCACUUUCCGAGGUUGGCUUUGCUUUUACGUUUAAUUAAUUUCUGCCAAUGCUCUUCUGCUGAAUCCCCGCAUCCCAUCCCCCGCAUCCCCGCAUCUUCGCGACCUCCGCAAUCCUCCGUACCCCCGCACACAUAGGAUCGUCAUCGUAUACCUCAACGUCGACCCUAAACGACCCCAACCUCGAGGCCGUUAUGGACCUACUUCUGUCCUGCAUAUCCUCAUCUCCAUAAUAUGCAAUUCCGCAAUCUGCACCCUAUCGAGAUAUCCUGGCCCUAGGGAAUAUGUUACCUUUCACAGCACCGCAACGGCGCCGGGCCGGCGUGGUUUGCAUCCAAUGUCAUUCGCGCAAGGUAAAGUGUGACCUUCAACAACUUCCCCAUGGGCCAUGCAACAACUGCAAAAGGAAGAAUAAGACAUGCCAGGUCCGGAACAAUAGGCGCAAACGCACGGCGCAUGUGAAUACGCCGCCAUUCAUCGCAAGCCCCAACUCCACUGCCAAUUUAAAUGAAGAUGAGACCGAAAAUGAUAGCGAUACAAUGUCCCCAAUCCCGCAAAGGGAGGGACUUGAAGACACAAACCGACCACCCACUGUUGCUGCCGCCGCCCCUGCAGCAAAGUCAAACAACCUCAUGGGAUAUCUUGGCGAACAGUGCAUGUUCUCUCCUUCUGGGCUACCACAAUGGUCCAGUUCCAUACCUCCACCAACGUUUCCUACCGAUAUUAGCGAAGGAAUUCUCCAAGUCUCUGGCGCCGCGAUUAUUCCAUCUUCUUCCUUGAUUAUCGCUCUCGCCGAUACCUACUUUAAACACAUUUAUCCACACAUACCAGUUCUCGACCGUUCCGACCUUGACGUUCAACCACUUUCACCUCUCCUAGUUCAGAGUUUGUGUCUCGCUGGCAGCGCCUUACGUCACUCGAACAGCUCCAGUCGCCGUAUACCUCACCCAGACAAUUUUUACAAUAAUGUAAAGCUGUUACUGUGUAUUAACCACGAAAAAGACAGUACCAUAAUCUUGAAAUCAAUGUGUCUUCUUGCCACCCGGAGUUCACAGGUUCCAACACAGAUAAGCCUUGAUGGAACAUGGCACUGGAUCGGGGUUUCAAUACGUUAUGCUCUGAACAUGGGUCUACAUCGGGAAUCUACCUACACUAACAAUAAGAGGGCUGGGAUUUGUCGCCGAUUAUGGUGGCACUUGUUUAAUAGCGACAAGCUUCAGUCAGCGGGUUACGGCAGGCCCCCAGCUAUCAGCUUCCAUCAAUUUGAUACGCGGAUGCCUACUAUGGAGGAUUUUCCUACUAAUCAUCCAGACAACGAAGUGUUUAUCUAUAAGACUAAACUUAUGGUCAUUCUUGGAAAAAUAACGGCUGCUCAGUAUCAAUACCGAUUAGAAUGUCCGCCAACCCUGGAAGAGGCAAUGAGCAUUGUUGGGUCUUUGAAAGAAUGGAUAAAUGGUCUGCCCGAAGACUUACGUCUCUACAACGGAUCGGUUCGUCGACCUUACCGACGUUCCGCGCUGGAGUUACAUAUUAUCUACUUCGUUUGUGUCAUUCUUAUCAACCGUUUCUGCGAAAAACCAAACCGAUCGUGGGCAUCUCUGAAGACACCAAUUGUGGCAGCCUCAUGCAUAGCCUCACUGUUUGAAGAAAUCUACUACAGAGACGAAGUUAUCUACUUGGCGCCAAUAAAUAACUGGUUCUGCAUGGUAGCAAGCAUACCCCUGAUUAUCUCCAUCAAGUUAUUGCCAGAGAAGCAGAGCUUAUUCACGGAGAAUCUUGCUAUCAUCAAGUCGGUGCUGGAACAAAUGACUCUGAGGACGCCAAGUUCCGAAUUAAUACUCAGCAGUGUCAAUCGGGUAGAAAGGGCCAAGAAUCAUGAGGCUGAAAACAAUGCAACAGCGCCGUCGUUGCAUACGCCCACAAAUAUGGACCACGGAGAUGUUCAAGAAAGCCCAGACUUUGAAGGCUUUUUGUUAGAUAGCGUGGAAGCAUUAUUCCCGUUUCCGAACACGCUAUGCGCAAGUAUGGAUUUACUUUCUACCAUACAAGAUGGGAACAAUCAGGACCAAGCAUUGCCGGCCGAACACCUAGUUGAGAUUUCGGAUUGGAUGUUUAAUUUGGACUUCAGUGAUAUGCAGUGGGAUUCUUUUCAGAUGCCCUUUGAUAUGACUGAUAUGCCUAUAAUUGGUAUGGAAUAACGUGAAAGAAUAUCGCUAAAAGGAUGAUAUUGUGUUAUUGUAUAGUGUUUCUGUUAGCGGGGGUGAGGGGAAUAGUGAUUAAACGGUCUUGAUCAGGCGGCCGAUGGGUUGACGGCGUUAAAACCUACGAUUUUACGUUACAUCUGUAUACUAGCCAAUAUAUAUUAGCCAUACUGUUUAUUGUGCUAUAAUUUAAUUUCAUAAAUUGCG